UUCUGUGUAGGUUUUGUUUUGCUAAUCAUGGAGCAACCGAGUUCACCGCCGAGGGAGAGUCCACCAUCUCCGCCGGCGGCUCCAACUCCGGCUGCUCCAACGCCGUCGCCGCCUCCGUUAGUUGUUAACCGUGAUUGCGUUUGUUGUUGCGAUGGAUUAAUUGUCCAGAACGGGCGCAACUUCGAGCGCAGUGGUCCUCCGUACAGGAUCAUGUUCUUCCGCCGGAAUUUCUGGGAGGAUUUUAACGGCGAAGCCGUGGAGUCCAUGCGGUCUGGUUUCUUGGAGGGCAAGGCGGUUGUGCCGUUAGAAAUCGAAGGAGUGAAGUAUGCAAUUGACUUUGCUCGCAUGGUUCAGGUUCAUCUUGGUUGUGGAGAACAAAGGUCCAUUGCUUGGAUAGACAACAAAAAUACGCCGUUUUUCCCGAAGCAGUUCCUUCAUCAUGAUUUCUCUGAGAAUGCGCAACCUGUGAUAACUGAUCGAAAGGGAAAGGGGAAGAUGGUGAGUGAGGAGGGUCAUUUUUCGGGUCCUUUAAAACGGCUGCGUUUGACACCGACCUCGAAAUUUCCCAAUGCGAAGCUGUUGAGCAAGAAUGACAAGACGUACGCCUACUUCAGCAGUUUGUUUCUGAACAACAUGGCCAAGUUUGACAAUGGAGCCGUUAUAACCGACAUUCAUGAAUUUCAAAUCUCGGAACCACUUGCCAGAGCUCGCUGGUUAGUUCUUGAGAAGGAGAUUGAGACAACAAGACGCGUGCGUGGUGAUGCCAAUGUUGUUUUUGGUUGGUAUGCUGCUACAAAAGAGACAGUUGCGUCUAUUUUCUCUCAUGGGUUUAGUUUGCCUCGGAUCAGUUUUGGGUUGCCGCUAUCAAUUCGAGCUGGUAUGUGUUUGGCUGAUUUAGAGUCACCCAAUUACAGUGCUACGCAGUGUCAGGUGGAUAAAGACGGUGAGAAGCAUCUUAUUCUUUGCCGUGUUGUGCUUGGAAGCGUGGAGAAAAUGGAGUUAGAGUUUAAUCUGACUGGUCCUUGCCGUGAGGAAUAUGAUACCGGCUCGAACGAUCCUUGUGAUCCUAAGUGGUAUAUGGUGUGGAACAAUGAUAUCAAUAGACGUAUACUCCCAAUGUGCGUCGUCAGCUGCAAAACCUCUGCUGUUGAGCCAGUGCGAUGGAACGAAUACUCUUAUGAAUUUCCUGCUGGGUUUCCAAAGCUGAUAUUAGAGUUGAAGAAAUGUAUACCAUUGUCCAGGGUCGGUGCACUUGGGAAUUUAUAUAAUUCUUUCAAGACUCGAAGGGAGAUGGUCAGAAGUACUUUCAUGAAACAUUUGCAGGACAUUACUGGUGAAGAGUUGCUUUUCAAAGUAGCUAAGGAGGUUUUCGGGAGAUGA